UGUUAGGGCUUCAAGUCGAUCGUCAAUUCUUCCUGCAAAGAUGGCCAAAAUCCAAGGAGGAACUGUGGUGGAGUUACAAGGAGAUGAAAUGACCCGGAUUAUUUGGGACGACAUCAAGUCGAAGUUGAUUCUGCCAUUUGUUGACCUCGACAUUAAGUACUUCGAUCUUGGAAUUGAGAAGAGGGACGAAACUGAUGAUCAAAUUACGGUGGAUGCAGCCAACGCCAUCAAGAAGUACAAUGUUGGAAUAAAGUGCGCGACCAUCACUCCUGAUGAGAAACGAGUUGAGGAGUUCGGUCUAAAGAAGAUGUGGAGAUCUCCGAACGGAACAAUCCGUAACAUCCUGGGCGGAACCGUCUUCAGAGAGGCUAUCAUCUGUAAGAACGUACCUAGACUAGUUCCCGGCUGGAUCAAACCUAUUGUUAUUGGUAGACAUGCUUACGGAGAUCAGUACAAAGCGGUAGAUAUCAAGACACCAGGACCAGGUACACUGCAACUCAUUUACACUCCCGAGGGAGGGGAACCUCAGGUGCACGAGGUGUUCAACUUCCCUGAGGAGGGCGGCGUUGCCAUGGCGAUGUACAACACCACCAAAUCAAUCCGUGACUUCGCUCACAGUUCCAUGACAUAUGCACUUGACAAAGGACAGCCACUCUAUCUCAGUACUAAGAAUACCAUUCUCAAGGCUUACGAUGGCAAAUUCAAGGACGUUUUCCAAGAGAUCUAUGAGAAACACUACGAAGAUCAGUUCAAAGCAAAGAACAUCUGGUACGAACACAGGCUUAUAGACGACAUGGUGGCCUUUGCCAUGAAGACAGAGGGUGGUUACGUGUGGGCCUGUAAGAACUACGAUGGAGAUGUGCAGAGUGAUUCCGUCGCUCAGGGCUUCGGUUCCCUAGGAAUGAUGACCAGUGUGCUGGUUUGCCCGGACGGUAAGACUAUUGAAGCGGAGGCUGCUCACGGUACUGUUACCAGACAUUACAGGUUCCACCAGCAGGGAAAGGAGACUUCAACCAACUCUGUCGCAUCCAUAUUCGCCUGGACCAGGGGACUGCUGCACCGCGGGAAACUGGACGAGAACAAAGACCUAGUCCUGUACGCUGAGACUCUAGAGAGAGUGUGUGUUGAGACUAUCGAGUCUGGUAACAUGACCAAGGAUCUAGCUAUCUGCAUCAAGGGGCUUAAAAAUAUUACGAGAUCUGACUACCUGAACACCUUCGAGUUUUUGGAGAAAGUCGCUGAAAACCUCAAAGCUGCUCUCAAGGAGGCUAACCUAGCCUAAUUAAAUAAUUAGUUGGAUAAUUGGCCGGAAAGAGGGAAAUUUUAUAAGUCAUUUGUAUAAUUUAUGACAUUUUCUCCCUUCUUUUUUAUGUUUUAGUAGAGAAACUUUUGAAUCAGAAUGAGAAAUCAAUAUUUAUGCUGGACAUAAAAUGUUUUGGCGUUAAUUUCAUGCUAUCUUCAGUCAUAGUCUAGUCGUCUUACAAAUCUUGCUGUUUUGAUCGUAAUUUUUGUUAUAUUCCAUAUAAGUUAUUACGAUUGACCAUGAUUUGGCUCUCGGAA